AUGGCAUCCACAGAACUGAGCCUGAAAAGAACUUUAACAGAUAUUCUGGAAGACGAGUUGUACCACACCAAUCCGGCACAUAACCAGUUCGCAGGUCACUACCAAAACUAUCACCCGAAUGCUAGCAUCACCCCAUACAAACUGGUGAACAGCAACAAGGAAAAUAACAAUUUUACGUGGAACACCGCAUUCCAACAGCAGAAUGAGUCUAAUACGGCUUCUCAGCCUCCACAACAAACUUACCAUUUCCCAAUAUUCAACAAAUAUGCUGACCCCACACUAACUACCACUACUUCGCUUACAAACGGUGAAGCAACAGCGAAUGACAAACAAGUUGUUGGUAAUAAUGUUCACCUCAUACCCAGUGAUAGUAAGGUCGCCAAUGAAACUCCAUUGCAAAAGACUGUUGAUUUGAAGAAUGUAAUGAAAGUCUCAGAUCCUUAUGUGCCGACGCGAAAUACAUUCAAUUACGAUGUCAAAAUAUCCAACGAUUUUUUUGAUAACGGUGACAAUCUGUAUGGUAAUGACGAAGAAGUGCUAUUUUAUGAAGACAAUUAUAAUCCAAAGAUGCAAUGGUCUCUUCAGGACAAUAGUGCUGCAAUAAAUAAUGAAGACGCAAGAACUAUCUUCAAUAACGAAUUUGACUCUGAUGAUGACGAUAUCAGUGACGAUGAAGAAGACGAAAUUGAAGACGAAGAUCGUUUGCAACAACAAGAGGAAAUCCUUUUGCCAUUAGACGUCACCUCAGUAUCGAUAUUUGAUGCCGAUCAUAAAAUAAAUCAUUUAAAGAGUGCUGGUCAUGUAUUUAAUGAAUACAGUUACGUUGAUUCUAAUACAGACGACACAACCAACAUCACACCCAAAAAUACGUUAGAAGAACAGGAAAAUGCAAACGCUGAGGAAGGGGGUGAGGAGGAAGAUAACGAUCUUCUCGACGAAGAUGAUUUAUAUGAUAUUUCUCUUUUGAAGAACAAAAGGAAGCAAAGUUUUGUACUCAAUAAGAAUACCGUUGGUUUUGAAAGACUAUCGUCUCCAUCAACUCCGGUAAAGGUACCGUCUAACACUACUACUACUACUAAAAGGAAAUCUACAAAGUCGUUCAAUAAUAGUGGUGGCACUAACAGUAAUAACGAAAACACCCCGAUGGAAAGAAUAAAGAAACCGACUUCGUCCGUGUCAAAUUCUAAUAGUAGUAGGCGGAAACUAAUUAACUAUACCAAAAAACAUCUAUCAUCACAUCCUACACCAUUCAGUUCAAGCCCAAGUCCUACAACCACAUCAUCUUCGGCACACGCGUCGUCUUCGGACGGUAGCAACGAAAUAUUUGCGUGCCAAAUCAUGAAUCUUAUUAGUAAUGAACCAUGUGGUGCACAAUUUUCAAGAUCAUACGACUUGACAAGGCACCAAAAUACCAUACAUGCCAAGAGAAAGAUUGUAUUCCGUUGCUCUGAAUGUAUAAAAAUUCUGGGAUCAGAAGGUUAUCAGAAGACAUUUUCGAGAUUAGACGCUUUGACGAGGCAUAUAAAAUCAAAGCAUGAAGACUUAUCAUCGGAACAACGUCAAGAGGUUACAAAAUUUGCCAAAGCUAAUAUUGGUUACGUUAUGGGUUAA